AUUCUCCAUUUGUCUCAAACAUUUUAUCUGCUUGCACCCACUGCUAUUUUCUUCUCUCUUGCUCAACUCAACACAACAUUAAUUAAUUUACUAUACCCAAACUCAAAUUCACUUUAAAGUUCACAACUUUGAGAACAAAAAAGAACAAUAUGGAGAACAACAACAAUCAACAAUCCUUUUGGCAAUUCAGUGACCAACUUCGUGUUCACACAUCAAAUCUAGCAAACCUAUCUCUAAACGAUUCAAUUUGGGGUAACAAUUACUCAUCCAAGAGACAUGAUCAUCAAAGGAGAAAUUUUGAUAUCAAAGUUGGUGGUGAAAUCAACAACAACAAUAACGCUGUUGAGUCACUUGGAAAAACACCUGUUUCUGAUUACAAUGAUGGAUGGAAACAAAUGAACAACAACAACAAUGAAGGAUCUCUUUUUUCUUUGCAUCACAACAUGCUUGCUGGUGUUGGUGUUAAUGGAGGUUUCAACAAAGGAAUUUAUUCAAAACCUUCUUCUUAUGCUGCUAAUCUCAACACUAACAACUUCAAUAUCAAUUUCAAGGUUGGUGUCAAGGGUGAAACUGAAAUUUUUCAUACACCCAAAAAUUCUAAGAAGAACACUAACCUUAACAAAAAACAUGGUGACAACAACAACAACAACAACAAUAAUAAUGAUGCCAACAAGAAUAAGGAUGCUAAAGUGGGUUCUGAUAAGAGAUUCAAAACACUGCCACCAUCUGAGUCUCUCCCUAGGAAUGAAACAAUUGGUGGAUAUAUCUUUGUUUGCAACAAUGAUACUAUGGCAGAGAAUCUCAAAAGGGAACUCUUUGGAUUACCUCCAAGAUACAGAGAUUCAGUUAGGGCCAUUACUCCAGGGUUGCCCCUUUUUCUUUACAAUUAUACCACUCACCAACUCCAUGGAGUCUUUGAGGCUGCAAGUUUUGGAGGAACAAAUAUUGAUCCAACAGCUUGGGAGGACAAGAAGUGCCCUGGUGAAUCUCGCUUCCCCGCUCAGGUUAGAGUGAUUACUAGGAAAACUUGUGAGCCACUAGAAGAGGAUUCUUUCAGGCCAAUUCUUCACCACUAUGAUGGCCCCAAGUUCCGUCUUGAGCUGAAUGUGCCUGAGGCGUUGUCUCUGCUGGAUAUUUUUGCAGAAGAAAAAGAUACUUUCAAGGACUCUUUGAAGGCUAUACAAGCAUAAAAGGGAUACAAAUUACAGAGAAUAAAGGAAAACAGCAAUCAAAAGUCAGAAAGACAACAGAUAAUUAGAGAUUUGGGUUUGUUUAUAUAGCUAUAUGGACUUAAAAAUAGAGUCCUAAGAAUAUAUAAAACAAAGUGAAAUAUAUAUACAAAGUGGAGGAUGCUUGGAUAUUCAGCCUAUGUAUUGUGUUCUUAUGUUUUUGUAUAGAGGCGGUUGUCCAAUUUUUCUUGUGUUUGGUAUAAACUAUCAUAUCAUAUAAUAUUAAAGAGAAUACAAUAAGGAUUAAUUAUUAAUGAACUAUUUUUGCUUGUUGGUUUCUGUA